AUGCAUCACAGCCGCAGAAAGUCGGGCAACACCUCCAUGACGGAGAAGACUGUCACAGCUACCGAUCCCUCCCGCUACGGCAAGCGUCCUUCAACUCUGACCAGACGCCAAACUCCCCAGAAGUUGGGCAAGAACCCCAGAGACCGGGAACGGGAACGGGAACAGCAAGACUCGUGGGACGAUGAACGGGAGAGUUUCCCUCAGUUCUGCAUGACUUGCGAAAAGCAAUUCGUACCUCAAGAUGACAGGUUCCUGUACUGCUCAGAAUCAUGCCGCAAGCAUGAUCAACAAACUGCAUCAACUGGCAGGACUAUGAGCCAACCGCACAUGGGCAACUACCCUUUCUACGCCGCAUGCAACCCCGAGCCCAGAGACAUAGUUCCUCGUGCGUCCCCCUCAAGGCCGAACUCGAUGCACUUCUCGCCGCCCACGACACCAGGUGCCACCUCCGGCGCGCAAUACUCGUCCGCCAUCUCCGCGUUGAGGUCACUCAGCAUCCGACCCCCAAGCCCGCCGUCCCCCACAUCGUCGCACGCCAGCAUCUGGCCAUUUACCAAGAGCAGCACCAACAGCCCCAGCACUUCGUACAACCGCGGCAGCAACAGCUUUUUCCCGGCCACGUACGACGGAGGCUACGCAGCGAAUGGCUACGCCUACAACUACAGCUCCAGCGGUAUGGACCGGCCGCUACCGACACGGAGACCCACUGGGCCGGGCUACUCAAGGCCGAAAAGCAUCGAGUUGGUGACGCCCAUGGUCGGUCGCUAA